AUGGAUAAUGAGUGCAAAAUGGAUGAUGGUGAGACACCUGUUGUUGCGAUCUAUCGUAUUCCAGGAGAGCCUGCAAUUGUGGUGAAUGGGUUGCCUCCGCUUCCCACAGAUGCUGCUGAUUUUUCUGCUAGUGAUGUUCUUCCCGGUGGUGACAGUAAACCACCUGAAAAAAUAAAAAAGUCUACUGGUUAUGGUGAAUGGUUGGUUGGAAGAGAGGUUCAGAAAUCAUUUGGGGGACAUUUUUACAAUGGAAAAGUCACCAAAUUCGAUCAGGAUACAGGAUGGUAUAGGGUGGCAUAUGAAGAUGGUGAUUCUGAAGAUCUUGAAUGGCCCGAGUUGGAAGCAGUGCUUCAGCCCAUGGAUAUCACUGUCCCCUUGAAGACAAUAGCAGCAAAAAUCACACGGAGGCAGCAGAAGACAAGGUAG